CAAACGUCGAAGAAGAGACAGAAAUAGCACAAGUCAAGCAAGGUACCUAGAAAGGUCAGUCACUGCCUGUUCGUCAGCCCACACACACCCACGUCACAGCCUUAAGCGCACAUUGGCUUGAGAACUUGAAACAGCAUCCGCCUGUGCAACAGCAUGUGACUUGCCAUCGUUCAGGCGCUAUGCGCUCAUAAUAGUUCUCUUCGUCCAACAAAAGAGCUGCAGCGCCGCGCAGACUGAGUGUAGUAGAUAGGACAUCUACCAGCACCAUCAUCAACGCGAGCUCCCAAUUUCAAUCAUGGCUGUGAAUUUUCCAUGGAUCUACCCUGUUCGGGUAAUCCAGGCCCUCUUCGGAAUAAUUGUCCUUGCUUUAACCGCAUACUACAUCAGUUGGUUCGCGUAUAGUAGUGACUCGCCCAAUUUCAUGCUUUUCGUGGCGUGUUGGACAGCCUUCCUCGCAACUCCCUAUCUUGCCUUGGCGCCAGUGUUCUUCCCCCAGUUGGCGCAUCGGAUCGUCAUUCCAGCUGUCGAAGUGAUUACCAUGAUAUUCUGGUUCGCAGGAUUCAUCGCCCUAGCCGUAUUCCUCCCACCAACAGAAGCCUGUCACUGGAGCCGUUGCAGUGCGUUACAGGCCGCAGUUGUGUUUGGUGCAUUCGAGUGGGUACUAUUUCUGGUUACUUCCGUUUUCGCUGUCCUCGGCAUUUCGCGUACCCGGUCCAGCUCCAGUACGAAGCCCACCCCUAACGAUCAUACCCACGUUGGCGUCUAAAUGGAGUCGAUAGUGACGGUUCCAUGAUAUAUUUCGAAACGAAAGG